AUGGCCAACUUGAUUAAACGGAAUACCUUUCCCCGAGUGCCAUGGCGAACCCUUGGGAACCCUAGGACUAUCCCAACAGAUACUGGUGAUCAAAUACUCACCGAUGACUGGUUUGCUAUCAUCUGGAAACCAAAUUAUGUCCCUUAUAUGUUCUUCUCCAUGGCAUGGGGUUUGAUCACUGGUUUUAAGUAA